ACAAUUACUUGCUUUAAUUUAGUGAUAACUCAAUUUCUCAACUUCUCUUAUUACUACUAAGUCUUUCAAAUUCAAACAAAAAUGUCUUGCAACGGAGGAAACUGUGGUUGUGGUUCUGGCUGCAGUUGCGGCAAUGGUGGAGGGUGCGGCAUGUAUCCUGAUUUGGAGAAGUCCACCACCCUUACCAUCAUCGAGGGCGUUGCGCCUAUGAAGAACAAAGCAAUAGUUGAGGGAUCAGUCGAGAAAGCAACAGAAGGAGGGCAUGGCUGCAAGUGUGGAUCAAGCUGCCAGUGUGACCCUUGCAACUGUUGAAGUUCUACUAUAGUGCUUCCACUAUGAACAUGAAAAAAUAAAUUGUGUUCCUGUAUUUUAAGUGU